AUGAUAUCCUCGUUUAUACGUCAUGGGUUGAUCACCUCCAACAAUUUGCGCUCAGUAUUCUCUCUUCUUCACCAGCAUCAAUUUUACGCAAAGUUCUCUAAGUGCUCUUUUGGCCAUCCUGAAAUUGAAUAUUUUGGGCACUUUCUCUCAACUAAUGGUGUUAAAGCUGACCCCCGGAAAAUUCACGCCAUGCUUUCAUGGCCACAACCUUCGUCUGUCACAACUCUUCGUGGAUUCUUGGGACUCACCGGAUAUUACCACAAGUUUGUUCAUGGCUAUGCUUCCAUCAUUGCUCCUUUGACUGACCUCUUAAAACACAAUCAAUUCCAUUGGCACCCUGUAGCAACGGAGGCAUUCCUUGCUCUCAAAACUGCUAUGGCAGCAAUCCCGGUACUAGCACUUCCGGACUUCACCAUUCCUUUCACAGUUGAGACAGACACAUCCAUAGUGGCCAUUGGAGCAGUCCUCUCCCAGGCCCAUCAUCCCAUCGCUUUCUACAGUGAGCGACUAGGCCCUCGACUCCAAUCUGCCUCCACUUAUGCCUGA